AUGUUAAUUUGUGUCAUGUCUGUUCUUGCAGUUUGUCAGAGCAAAGACAUCCGCAACAAUGUGACCAACCUCCAAUCGCUGGAGAACUGCACCAUCAUCGAGGGCCACCUAAAGAUCCUGCUCAUGUUCAAGACCAAAACCGAGGACUUUCGGGGCCUCAGCUUCCCCAAGCUGCAAGUGGUGACCGACUACAUGCUGCUCUUCCGCGUCUACGGCCUCGAUUCCCUCACCGAUCUCUUUCCGAACCUGACCGUGAUUCGCGGCAACAACCUCUUCUUCAACUAUGCCCUUGUCAUUUACGAGAUGCUGCAACUGAAGGAGGUGGGCCUUCACAGCCUCAUGAACAUCACCAGGGGGGCUGUGAGGAUUGAGAAGAACCCAGAUCUUUGCUACCUGGCCACUCUGGACUGGUCCAAGAUCCUGGACUCGGUGGAAGACAACUACAUUGUGGAGAACAAGAAUGACCGGGAGUGCGGAGACGUGUGUCCCGGCACGGCCCAAGGUCAGACCGUCUGCCCCCAGAACACCAUCAACGGGCACUUCAGGGGAAGAUGCUGGUCCCAGAACCACUGCCAGAGAAUGUGCCUGGACCGCUGUAAGCAUGGCGCGUGUAACCUCCGGGGCCAAUGCUGCCACGACCAGUGCUUGGGCAGCUGCUCGGAGCCAGGCAACGCCAGCAGCUGCGUGGCCUGCAGGAACCUCCAGCACGCCAACACCUGUGUGGAGAAGUGCCCCGCUGGAUACUACGUCUUCCGGGGAUGGCGCUGCGUCAGCUUCUCCUUCUGUCAGGCGCUCCACAACCAGUGUAAGGAGACCAAGAGACUGAACCAGGGCCGGGAGUCUGGUUGCCAUGAAUACGUCAUCCACAACGGCGCCUGCAUUCCAGAGUGUCCUUCUGGAUACACCACUAUAAACUCCUCCAUGUUGACGUGCUCGCCAUGCGCAGGUCUCUGUCCCAAGCUUUGCGUGGGGAAUAAAACCAUUGACUCGGUCACCUCGGCCCAGGCGUUGAGAGGUUGCACCGUUCUCCACGGCAACAUGAUCAUCAAGAUUCGAGGCGGGAAUAACAUAGCUGCUGAGCUGGAGGCUAGUUUGGGUCAGAUUGAGGAGAUCACAGGCUACCUGACGGUUCGCAGAGCCUACGCCCUCGUGUCCCUCUCAUUCCUCCGUAAACUGCGCAUCAUCAGGGGGGAGCAUCUUGAGGGAGACAUCUAUUCCUUCUAUGCACUGGACAACCAGAAUCUGCGUGAGCUGUGGGACUGGUCCAAGCACAACCUGACCAUCCAGCGUGGCCGCACCUUCUUCCACUAUAACUCCAAACUGUGCAUGUCUGAAAUCAGCAAAAUGGAGCAGGUGACGGGCACCAUCAAGCGCAACCAAAAGAAUGACAUUGCUGGGCGCACCAACGGAGACCAAGCCUCCUGUGAAACCAAGCUGCUGAAAUUCACAUUCAUCAAGGCGGCGUCAAACAAGAUUUUAGUGAAGUGGGAGCCUUUUUGGCCGUUAGAUUUCAGAGACUUGCUGGGGUUCAUGGUUCUCUACAAAGAAGCGCCGUACAAGAACGUGACCGAGUUUGAUGGGCAGGAUGCGUGCGGUUCAAACAGCUGGGUGAUCGCCGACGUUGACCCACCGGCACGUGUUACCGACAACAAGGAGCAGAAUGAGCCGGGCCAUUUGAUCCGACCCCUGAAGCCGUGGACUCAGUACGCCAUCAUGGUGAAAACCCAGCUGUCUGCGUCGGACGAACAUCAGGUUCACGGGGCCAAGAGUGAGAUCAUCUAUGUCCGCACCGAUGCUUCCAAGCCCUCAGUGCCUCUGGAUCCCAUCUCCUCCUCCAACUCCUCCUCUCAAAUCAUCCUCAAGUGGAAGCCCCCCACCAAUCCCAACGGCAACAUCACCCACUACCGGGUUGUCUGCCGCAAGCAACCCGAGGACAGCGACCUCUACAAGUUUGACUACUGCCUGCAAGGAAUGAAGCUGCCAUCGCGGACCCCGACCCACCUGGAUAGCGAUGACGAGCAGAAGUGGAACCACACAGACGAGCCGAACAUUGGGGGCAAGUGUUGCGCCUGUCCCAAGACGGACGUUCAGCUCAAGAAGGAGCAGGAGGAGAUUGAGUACCGCAAGACCUUUGAGAACUACCUGCACAAUGAAGUCUUUGAGAGCAGACCUUCGCGUCGGCGACGUUCAGUGGGAGUGGCCAACGCCACCGAAAUGCCUUUCCUUCUUCCUACAGUCCCCAGCGUUCAUAACGGUUCUACCAAAGCCACACCCAAAGAGGAGGAUGAGGAGGGAGCUAAGGUUGAACUGAAAGUCUUCUCAAAAGAAUCAACUGUCAUCUCCAACCUGCAACACUUUACCAGUUAUAAGAUUGAGAUUAUGGCCUGCAACCAUCCCACAGACCUCAAGCGCUGCAGCAUGGCGACUUAUAUCAGUGCUCGAACUAUGCCGGAAGAGAAAGCAGAUGACAUCCCAAGCCAGGUGACCCAUGAGUUAAUGAACGGUGAGCCUGCAUCCGUGUUCAUUAAGUGGAAGGCACCCGUCUCUCCAAAUGGUCUCAUCAUCCUCUAUGAGGUCUUCUACAGGAAAGUUGGGGAGACUGAGGUCCACACAGCUUGUGUUUCUCGGCCUGCGUACCUCAAGUCUGGCGGCACCAAGCUGUCGCUUGUACACCCCGGGAACUACAGCGUGAGGAUCCGCGCCACCUCCUUGGCAGGAAACGGCUCUUUCACAGAAACCACCUACUUCUUCAUGCCCAACAAGGAUCCCGGUAUAGUUGGCGUUGUCAUUGGCCCAGUUAUCUGCUUCAUCCUGCUGUUGAUCGUGGGGGGUGCCGUCUUUGUGGUCUUCAAGAAAAAGCAGACAGAGGGCCCAACUGGACCUCUCAUUGCCUCCUCAAACCCAGAGUAUCUCAGUGCCAACGACGUUUAUGUUCCUGACGAAUGGGAAGUGCCACGGGAGAAGAUCACCGUGCUCGGGGAACUGGGUCAGGGCUCCUUCGGCAUGGUGUACGAAGGAAUCGCCAAGGACAUUGUCAAAGGUGACCCGGACACCCGCGUGGCCGUCAAGACGGUCAACGAAUCGGCCAGCCUGCGAGAGAGGAUCGAGUUCCUCAACGAGGCCUCCGUUAUGAAGGCAUUCAGCUGUCACCAUGUGGUACGCCUCUUAGGUGUUGUGUCCAAGGGUCAACCCACCCUUGUGGUGAUGGAGCUCAUGACACACGGUGACCUAAAGAGUUAUCUGCGAAGCCUCAGGCCAGACUCCGAGAACAACCCAACCGGUCGUCCUCCACCUACCCUGAAGGAGAUGAUCCAGAUGGCUGCGGAAAUCGCAGAUGGCAUGGCCUACCUCAACGCCAAGAAGUUUGUGCACAGAGACCUGGCAGCCAGAAACUGCAUGGUAGCAGAGGACUUCACUGUCAAGAUUGGAGACUUUGGUAUGACACGAGACAUCUACGAGACUGACUACUACCGUAAAGGGGGGAAGGGCCUGCUUCCUGUCAGGUGGAUGGCUCCGGAGUCUCUGAAGGACGGAGUCUUCACUGCCCACUCUGACUGCUGGUCGUUCGGCGUCGUGCUGUGGGAGAUCAGCACACUAGCAGAGCAGCCUUACCAGGGCCUGUCCAAUGAGCAGGUUCUCAAAUUUGUCAUGGACGGAGGAUACCUGGACCGCCCGGACAACUGUCCCGAGAGGAUGCACAACUUAAUGCAGAUGUGCUGGCAGUACAAUCCCAAAAUGCGGCCGAUGUUCCACGAGAUCAUCGAAAUGCUGCGGGACGACCUGCACCCGUCUUUCCAGGAGGUCUCCUUCUUCUACAGCGAGGAGAACAAGGUCCCCGAGACCGAGGAGUUUGACUUGGACCUGGAAAACAUGGAGAGCAUCCCCCUGGACCCGUCCUCGUACUCUCAGAGAGAGGAGAGCUUAAACAGAGACGGCGGGCCCUCUGUGGCCCUGAGGGGGAACUACGAGGAGCACGUCCCCUAUACACACAUGAACGGUGGCAAGAAAAACGGACGAAUCUUAUCGUUGCCCAGACCCAGCCCUUCCUAACGUUUCCUGUUGUCCGGAAAGAACUUGUUGAACUGGCCCAACCUCAACCUUCCUUCUUUUCUCCAGCAGCCCUCUCGGAAUUCUUCAGAAUCCUCCCAAUUUUUUUUUUUCUUUUAUCCUUGGAGAAGACCUUCUCAACACACACACACACAUACAAACACAGAUCUCAGGACUUUUACUUUUUCUUCCUCAUGACUGCCAAACACAGGCUAGCAAGGGAUGCAAACAGCACAUGGGUCUUUCUGCUAUCAUCCUUUUGGUUUCUCCUUCUCCCCACGUUUCCAAGGACGCAUUUUGUUGGAAACGAUCGAGGGAAAAACACACACACACACACACACAAACAAAAAAAAAAAAGAACUGUGAACACGAGGAACCUUAGACAACCACAAGGCUGCUCUUAUGCUCGACCUCUUGAAAAACGUGGCUCUCCCUUCCACUGGGCGUUUCUUCUUCUGACUCAGUCUUUUUACUCAGAUAGUGGCCUUUGGAUAUGUGGCCUAUACAUGAAGAGAAGUGUCUCUCUCUGCGCUCGUGUUUGUUCCCUUUUGACGACGAUUACAUUUCAGUUUGGAAACGGUGGGAUGAGUUGAUCAUAGAACAAACGUCUAAUCCUAGAGGAACGUUGGGUCUUUUGCUUUUGUUUUGCUUUUUUUUUGUUUGUUUGUUUGUUUGUUUUCCUUCUGGUUCUGCAGAAUUCCAAAAUGACACACAUAUUCAUCGGGUGACUAGUUUUAAUUUAUUUGCUUUUAUCAUUGUUUUCUCUCUUUUCUGUGUCCUCACUUAUAUGGCUGAAGGAUAUUUAAACAGUUAAGAGUUGGAUAAAGGAGUUCCUCAGACUGACCAAUAGCUGCUGCUUUGAUAUAUUUUACUAGAUAUAGAAAUAUAUGAAUUUAUAUAAUAUAUAUAGUAUAUAUGGAAUAUUGGUAUGAAGGUACCAACAUUUUAUAUAUAUAAUAUAUGACAUUGAUGUUUUUUGUACAUAGUUCAUAUUUGUAAUAUUUUUCAUCCAAAGCUUUGUUAGUAUCUAGAUUUUUAUUUUUUUGCCAAUGUUUUUCCUUGAAAUGUUUUUAUUUUUAUAGCCCCAGAUAUCCCACUAAUCUGCCAUGAGUGCUCUCUCCUCUCGUAUUGUGACCACCUGGACGGGAAAUAACUUCAACCCACUGAAUCAUUUCUUUUUUUUUUUUGUUCUUCUUGUUGUUAUUAAGUCCCCGUCGGACCCUCUGUCUGUAUGAAGAGGAGACUUUUUUUUUUUUUUUACGGCGAUAACUAAAACCAUCAGAAAAAAGCUUUUUUUAAAAAAAAAAAAAAAAAAGGACGGAAGAGGUCACGUGACGAUUGAUCACAUUUUGCUCCGAGGGUGGCCCAGUGAAUGUACUUCCAUUUUUUUUUUUGAUGGCAACACUAGUCCCUGUAUUAGUUGGAAGGUUCCGAGUGUCCUCAAGUUGGGUUGGCCUGUGUGAUCCUUUUUGUCCACUUAAGCAAAAUUUGUCAGAAUCUACGAAACUGGCCGAAUCUCCAGUGACAAGAAAGGUGCGACUUUCUCCUUUGUCUCCUUGUUAGGUUUGCCUCUGCAUGUUUCUCCGACUUCUCAUGCUUCCCCCAACCCUGCCUUGUUCCACUCCCACCUUCCACGCAAUGGCUACAAAGUUCCAGCAGGUAGAGGAGACAGACGAUCUUUUUGAGUUGAGGGCAUGUGAGUGCGCCAAUUAUAUUUGUAUCCUCCGAGGAUACAUUUCAUUGUUUGUUUGGUUUUUUUUUUCAGUUUGUGUUUUUGCGAUCGCAACAUCACUUGAGAUCUAAAUGCGGGCUAAAAAUUGGAUCUCUGGUUUUUGUUCACUGAAUGAAGCUGUAAUUGAGCAACUUCCCCACUACGCCCCAAUUGUGCGUUCAUCCACGUGGAGCACUUAAGAAAAUCCCAAAGAUAUCCCGUAGUAUGCAUUGUGGUUGUCUACGGCUUCCUUUUCAACUGCACGGGCUCCCGACUGAUGCUUCUCGAGCGCCGGUAGUGUGAAUCACCGCUGCUUGCUCAUUGGUUGAGGAUUUUGGUGGGUUUGAUGAUAUGUCAGUGUUAACAUCCGCUUACCCCGUUGCGGUGCCUUAGCUAUGGACGCUGCGCUACUAUACUCCACCAUUUCCAUUUUGCAGCAGCGUGCCCUCCGUCUUCUUUGGGGAAAAAAGGGAGGAAGUAAAAAGAAAAGGGACGCUCCUUCCGCUUGGUCUGACUGAGAUUGUUUUGCUUAUUUGUUGCAGUAGGAAUCCAAACGGAGCCGAGUAGAGCCAGACAGUGGAAAAAUGUCGCGGGUCCACUCGGGUCUGACUUUGUGGGAUUUAGUCGCCGCGAUUUACUCCCAUUUUUUUCUCCUGCUUUCCGCCUCUGCUCAACACUCAACUUUGCUUUGUUUUAUCACGACAUCAUUUUAAAGGAGCAUUAUCGCUCUUAAUGAAUUCACCCAUAUCAGUCAAUAAGUGUGCAACCCGACAACUACGGCCACCAAUCGGGUCCUGUAGCGUUCGGAAGCUUGUCAGAAUCUUUCAGAAGCCCUUCUGUUUUAUACCAGUGCCUUCUCCAAAGUUGGAGUUGCGAAGCAUUAGUGGGGUCGUGCGAGGAGGUAGAGCUUUGAUAAAUCUUGGGCUCUUGUAAAUGAAAUGUGAUGUAGUUAAGUUAAAAAGAAGGAUUUGAUGCAUGAUAGAAGCAUGGUGGACUUGAGCUGUGUCACGCUAACGGUGUUUCCCAACCUUUAUUGAGACAAUUUAACAUUAGAAAAGGCUCACCAAACAUAAAUGUUACUCCAGUAUAUCCUGUAUCCCGAAAAGAUGAUAAUUCUGUUUCGGUUUACUCAAAAAUUGAUUGACUCGGUGUGAGCCUGUACACACAAAGCUAUUCUGUUGUAUGAAUGGCAACAGGGGGAUUCACGGGUCGUGGAUGUCUCGCCUCUGCCAUCUAGUGGAAGAACAUUGAAUUGUUCUGCCUGUCACGGUAUAUCGCUGGCAUAGAGCAGAAGCACGAUCGAUUAUCGCUAUUAAAAAAAAAAAAAAAAAACAUCAUUUUAAGACCAGUUAAGUGAAAUUGGGUAAUUGGCAUGACACAAGGGUUGGGAAUCACUGCACCAACAUUUGAUAUAGUACAUCACUCAGAACCGUUUGGCUUUACAAGAACUUUCAAGUCACUGUGAACGCAAGCGGCUCCGAGUUUCGUAGUAUGUCGUAUGAAAAGUGAGCAGAACUCUCGGACACCUCUUGUGGCAUAUGCAAUUCCUUAUCAAGAUGGUGCCCGAACUUGUAGAUAUUUAUUUUGUUACGAUCAUGAGCAAAGCGGUUAGCAACUAAGUGGAGCAUUAAAAAAAAAAAAAAAAGAAUUUAAAAAAUUGGUGGGUGUGUGAGGGUGAAGCGAUGCCGGAGUCCUGUUUGUCGUCGUUGAGGAAUGCCUGCGCUUUGUUUAUCGUCAUUGUUGUCGUCGUCCUUGUUGUCUCUUGUCUUGGCCGAAGUCUACCUGAGUGCACGCAGAGGCAAGCGUGACAUGCAAUCUUUUCAAACAUCGCUCACAUGAGUGGCCUCCUUCUGCCUGCUUCCUACCUUACACACAUUUUGAUGAAUUUUCCAUUAAAUAAUUGAUGACAUUCCCCCAUUUUUGUUUUUAAGCUAAUGUUGUACUGGAGCUCCCUCAAAAUACACUUUUCCCAAGUAAGCCUAAUCGCGUGUGCUCCUGGACACUAAAUGGACCAAAGUAUUGGGACAUUAAAACAGCGGAAAUGAAAUCAUUUCAAGGUGGUCCCUCCCCCUUUGUGACAAAAACAGGAUUUUGUGUUUAGUGUGAGGGAAUCUUUUGUUUUUGGACCAUUGUGAGACCACAGGAAAUUCUUUCACUCAACCAUGAACCUUGCUUACUGCAUUGGUGCAGAAGAAAGCGGGGGCGGGGGGCAUCUCAGUAGUUUGUCCCAAGACUUUAGUUCUUUAGGUGUAUCAAUGCCUCUGGUUUUCUUGUCCUUUGUGUUCCAAGUCUUCUACUGUGAAUAUCAAGAGAAUAACAAGAACGAUGUGCGGAUUGGGUGUGUAGGGGUGAUCGGGACAGGCUGGUUUGAAAGAAGAAGAGGAGGAGGAGAAGCAGGCAAGCCAACCGCUGCCCACCCCCAACAACAAACUUUCUCCCAUUUGGGUUGGACAAAGCAAGACUGGGACAAUCCUGUGUGCCAUACAAACUCAAACCAGAUGUAGAAAAUCUCGAUUGUAACCUUUUUUGUAGUCUCAGGGAGGCGGCCUGAUACUCGGAGGAGGAUGAAGAGAUACACCUUAGCUACCUUUUAUAUCAGUCGUGACUGAACAGAAAGUUCUCAGCAUCCUUGCCGAAAAGGACGCGCAAAGCCCACCCUCCUCAUCGAAUAUUCUCUUUUCACCACGUUGACGUCCUGUCUGUUUUUGGAGACAAUCAGGAAAACCCUGCGCUCUCUCUGACGUCAAGCGGCUUGGACUGGCCCCUAGUGGCUGGAUGGGAGAAUUGCAAAGCAAACCCACCCACAAUAGUGCCUUGCUUUGAACCCACUGAACCCCUUCGGGCGCACCUCCAAAUAUGAAACGAAGCCCGAUGAAAUCUGCUCUUCUAUGAAUUCUGUGCAACUCAAACUGUUUAUUGAGAUCAAAUAUCAUUUGGGAUUAUUAUGACCGAUUUGUACCAAAAAAGAAACAAAUGGAACUUUUUGUCUGCUCUAAGCUUGCUUCAUGCAUGGAAAGAGAAAAUCAUGUAUACCAGCCGAUAGCUUCUUUAAGAUAUACAAACACUCGUAGAAAAUAUGUAUGUCAGCACACGCAAUGUGGGGAUUCCCAUUGUUGCUGACGUACAUCCCAACAUUCAGAAAAAUAAGCUCAUUAAGUCGCUCUUAACUGUAAAUAGCAGUGGAUCCCCUCCUCUUUUGCUCGGAAACAUGAAAGCACUUGAUUUAGGGAAGUUUGCUCUGUUCAUGACCUUAAAAAAAGAAAGAAAAAAAAAGAUCUUG